GCUCUCCAAGCUGGUGCUUCACAGUUUGAAGCUAGUGCUGGCAAACUGAAAAACAAGUAUUGGUGGAAGAACAUGAAAGUAAGUCCGCNUAAGUCCGCCUGUGUUGUGUUCGCUGCUGCACUUAAUCUGUUAUCCCGAUACGACCUGAAAAAAUUGGGAAUUUAUCUGAUUUUUAUUCCCCGUUGA